AUCAUUUCUUGGACAUCUUCUUCUUCCUACAUAGUUUCUGGCACUGUGUAAGCUCUUGGUUCAACAAUGGGAACUGAAUCUCCUCCUCAUCAAAAGCUCGAAACCGAUCCUACCAGCAAGGUGGAUGAUGAUAAACUAAAGAAGCAGAAGGAGAUUGAUGAUUGGCUUCCAAUCACUUCUUCAAGAAACGCAAAAUGGUGGUAUGCUGCAUUCCACAAUGUCACUGCUAUGGUUGGUGCAGGCGUCCUCAGUCUUCCUUAUGCCAUGUCACAUCUCGGAUGGGGUCCUGGUGUUGUGAUUCUGAUCCUGUCAUGGGUCGUCACACUAUACACUCUGUGGCAAAUGGUUGAGAUGCAUGAGAUGGUUCCUGGGAAAAGGUUCGAUCGGUACCAUGAACUCGGCCAGCAUGCCUUUGGUGAAAAGCUUGGCCUUUACAUAGUGGUGCCUCAACAACUGAUCGUUGAAGUUGGUGUCGACAUAGUUUACAUGGUUACCGGAGGCAAAUCUUUGGAGAAAAUAUAUCAUUUGGUCUGCGACAAACCCACAUGCAAGCACAUCAAAACAACAUAUUUCAUCAUGAUUUUCGCCUCAGUCCAUUUCGUACUUGCCCACCUCCCGAAUUUCAACUCCAUUUCUGGGGUCUCUUUGGCUGCUGCAGUCAUGUCUCUCACUUACUCUACCAUAGCCUGGACUGCUUCAGUCCACAAGGGCGUCCAACCUGAUGUGCAAUACGGCUACAAAGCCCCCACCCCGAGUGGAACCGUCUUAAAUUUCUUUACGGCAUUAGGAGAUGUGGCGUUUGCAUAUGCCGGACACAAUGUGGUGUUGGAGAUUCAAGCAACAAUCCCUUCUACACCAGAGAAGCCUUCAAAAGGUCCAAUGUGGAGAGGUGUACUCAUUGCAUACAUUGUUGUGGCAUUGUGUUAUUUCCCCGUUGCACUAGUUGGAUACUACAUGUUUGGCAACAAAGUCGACGACAACAUCCUCAUUACGUUGGAGAAACCGAAGUGGCUUAUCAUUGCCGCUAACAUGUUUGUCGUAAUCCAUGUCAUCGGAAGCUAUCAGCUAUAUGCCAUGCCUGUUUUCGACAUGAUUGAAACCGUGUUGGUAAAGAAAUGGCACUUUAGACCGACUCAAACGCUUCGAUUCUUGGUCCGCAACAUCUAUGUUGCUGCAACAAUGUAUGUUGCGAUUACAUUUCCGUUCUUUGGGGGUCUUCUUGGAUUCUUUGGAGGAUUUGCUUUUGCACCAACAACCUAUUUUCUUCCUUGCAUUAUGUGGCUUGCUAUAUAUAAACCAAAGAAGUUCAGUUUAUCUUGGUGUACAAACUGGAUAUGUAUCGUACUGGGCCUUCUGCUAAUGAUUCUAUCACCCAUUGGAGGUUUAAGGAGUAUCAUUAUUAAUGCCAAAGAUUAUCAGUUCUACAAUUAAAUCGUUUCUGGGAAUGUCAUAUAAUAAGAUUUGUAUGGUUGUAGUCAUUGGUUGGCAAUGGGGAAGGUUCAAAACUGUUGCUUCAGCUUUCUUUGUGUUGAUUAUCUGUGUCAAUAGCAGUCUGCCAUUUGUGUGUUUUUGGAUGCUUGUUUCUGUACGCAGAAGUAUUAUUUGACAGA